AUGGCUAAAGAUGCUGAGAGAAAGAGGAAGCUGGAGCAAGAUCAGGAAAUUGCAACGCCCAAACGUCUGAAGCAAUCGAAAGGCGAUCCGGCGAAGAAAGCUGGGUCGAAGAUCAAUGGCGAAUCUACUGGCAGCCCGAUGGUGGUGAUUUCGAGGACAGAAAGCAAGGAGUCGUCUAAGCAGACUCCUCGACCCGGCAGCGCUGCUGGAAACAAAUCCUCUGGAAGCGCUAAACGAAGCAAUUCGACCUCCGCGGCGAAGCCGGCCAUCGACAACAGUACUUCUUCCACCUCGAAGAAGCACAGUCAAGAUGUCAAGCAGGAGGAGGGUGUGAAAAGCGAAGUCGAAGAAUCUGCAAACACACCCUCGUCGGCCAAAUCUUCGAAGAAGAAAAAGAAGAGAAAGUCGGCUCAACAGAGCGAUCUGAAUGCUUCGGAGCAACGCAAAAGGGAUAAAAAGGCGAGGAGAAGCGCACAACGUAUGGUCGACGUCGGUCUUGCGGAGAAUGAGCAGCUCACAGCACCCAACCAACACGGCUGGUGGUUAUCAGCACCUGGAGCGGGACAUUACCUCGACCAUGAUCCCAUCUUUGUCGAAGACGACUUUCGAGACAAAUAUCUCAUCGCGGCGACUAAUCGUGAGAUCCAGCUUUUGUCGCUAGACUCGUCACUGGUCGUUCGCAAGCAUGUUGUGCCCGAUGGGAGAAGCAUUGUCUGCUAUUCGCUUAGCCCGGGCAGUGAUGACUGUGUCGAUGUUGCCUACGACAAUGGCACAAAGGUGCAGUGGAACUGGAUGACCUCGGAGUUGGUGAAAGGCACAUUCCCAGGUCAAGAGACGACUGUUGCGAUGACUGUUACGGAAAUGGAUGACGGCCGCGAGGAGCUUUUCUACAUCGCUCGAUCCAGAGGAGACUACACUGUCAUUGGCGAGCGAAAAUCACUCUAUACCACAGAGAGGAGGCUGAAGAGCAUCCAAGUUCUGCAAAAUGGCUGGUACAUUAUUUGUGUCAGUGCUACGGCCCUGACCAUUGGUGCGCGGAAGGCCUUCGACAAAUGCGACUACAUUUGGGUUGACAUCCCGGUGGAGAAGCCAAUUCGUUGUGCAGACGCCAGGCUGCUUGACACGGACAAGAAGCAAGGCCGUCGACCAGAUCUUGCUGUCGCAGUCGGAGAUACUGAGGGGCAAGUCCACCUCUACUCCAAUGUGUCAUCUGUCUUCGCAACGCCUUCCCAGGCUAAGCUUCCUCCGCCACGAUAUCUUCACUGGCAUCGUGAGCCAGUGUCUGCCAUCAAAUUCUCAAAAGACGGCAACUACAUCCUCUCAGGGGGUAAGGAGACAGUCCUUGUCAUUUGGCAACUUGAAACCGGGCGUCAACAGUUCCUGCCUCAUUUGACAGCAGAAAUCGAGCGCAUUGUGGUCAGUGCUGAUGGAACCCGAUAUGCCUUGCAGAUGGGAGACAACUCGAUCAUGGUCCUCAGUUCCAGCGAGUUGAAACCCGUGGCCAAUGUUGCAGGGCUGCAGCUUCCGAUUUCGACUGAAAAAAUGGAAGCCGAAGGCAUUUACUUGCCAGGGACUACGGCAGUGCUCCAUCCGAAGGAUCCCCACCAACUGCUUCUGUCUGUGCCAGCGACACAACCGAAGACGGCGUUGGACGUUGCAGCAAGACCCUUUUUGCAGUCCUUCGACAUCCGCAAUGCACGCCACAUCAGCAGGCAGGCUCUCGGCCGGAACAAUGUCACAGACUUGAGCGUUGGGCCUGAAAAAACGCCCGUCAUUCCACCAGAUGUCAACCUGCUAGCUGUCAGCGCAGAUGGCAAGUGGCUCACGACUGUCGACGAGUGGUUUCCUCCAGCCAGCGAUCUUGAGCAUAUCGUUGCCAAGACGACGGGGCUUGAUGCGCACGAUGUGCAGGAACUCCGUGAAAGACAGCAGCACAAGCGAGAGAUUCACGUCAAAUUCUGGCGCUGGAAUGAGGCGUCUAACACGUGGACCCUCAGCACAAGGGCAGAUUCACCACACAUGCGGUUCAAGGACGCGGAUCCAGGCAAAGGCGGCGGCACUAUCCUGAAGUUGGUUUCUGACCCUGCCUCGAACUGCUUCGCCACUAUUGGGGCGGACAGUAAUGUCAAGAUCUGGGUACCGAAAUUGAGAACGAAGUUUGGGCAGCCGUUGAAGGAACAGGACGGCACAGAUUCAGUCAACUGGGUCUGCCAACGAACCAUCCCAAUCCCUGCUUCUGCGAAUGCUUUCGAUAGAGCCGACUCUCCCAUGGACGGAUCCGGAGAGAAGACGGCAGACGUGACGGAUGCAGCAUUGGUCUUCUCGCCAGAUGGGUCGAUGCUGGCUUGCGCGAAUGGCUCUGCAGAUGAAAAUGCUCUACCCCUCGUCCACUUUGUCUCGCCCACCACGGGUGCUCUGAUCGCCACCAAGACUGGACUUGUGGCCGCUGAGCAGGCCAUCGUUGACUUUGGCUUCAGUGACCACUACUUCGUCAGCCUAUCAACCGGCGCAGUCCGUGUAUGGAAUCUCAUCGACGACAGCCAUCAGUACACCAUCGCCCUGUCUGGACGUGAUGAAGACCAAGAAGACGCCAUGCUGGCCAUCAAUCACUUUGACGAGACUUUCGCUGUCAUCUCGCACAAGCCUUCGCCAAACACAGAUGCGUUGACGCCGAAGGUGGAAGUGUACAGCCCGAAGCAGACUGUGUGCCUGUUCGAGACGGACUUCGUGGCAGAGCCGGCGAAGAUUCUGGCUGGAAAUGGAGUCAAGGGUUAUACGAUUCUAUUUGAGGACGGGACUAUUCGUACGCUAUACUCUGCGACUCCUACUGCUCGUCCGAAACAGGACGUCCAGCCACCCCCCGAGCAGUCUUCUGCAUUGGCAGUGGCCCAACAACAAGAUGAGGAUGUCGAGAUGGCGGAUAGCGACACCUUCGGGCUGUCCCUAGGUGAAUACACCUCCACGGCGGCAAUCGAAGAUGAUCGCCCCGUGGUGCGUCCCGAGCAUCUAGCGGAGAUUUUCGACACGGGCAACAGCUUGGGUUUGCCUCCUGUCAGGGACAUGUUCCAGGCUGUUGUUGGACUUUAUGCACGCAAGCCACGGCAUGUGGAUAGCGAUGCGAUGGAGGUGGAAGUUGUAUAG